GGAUGCAGCGGGGGCGCGCAGAGCAGUGUGCAGAUGUGUCGCAGAUUUUGUAAAGUCACUGGAAACGCCGAAACAUCCAAUAAGAGGAGGUCGACCCGUAUUAAAACGCUUCCCAAACUAAGUCGAAGGGCUGAUAACGAAGAGAAAGCCACGAAAAGUGCGGUGUCAUUCUUUUUUUUUUUCUGGCGUAGUUUCUUUUUAACCUGGAAUAGGCUAACCCCACUUUACUUGACUCGAUUUGAAGCUACGGGCAGAGUCAGAAAUGGAGCUCUCCGCGAUAGGAGAGCAGGUGUUCGCGGUGGAGUCGAUUCUGAAGAAAAGAGUUAGAAAGGGGAAUGUGGAAUAUCUGCUCAAAUGGAAGGGAUGGCCUCCAAAAUACAGCACCUGGGAGCCAGAGAUGCACAUUCUGGACCACAGAUUAUUACAGGCGUUUAACAACAAAGAUCAGGGGGACCGGAGUUUACGUCAUAGAAGAAAAGGACCCAAGUCCAAAAAACAUCUCCAGAAAACAUUUUACAGAAUGGACCUACGCAGUUCCCACAGGUUCCCAGACAAGUCAGCUCCACGUCUGCGCCUGUCUCUGUCCCGAUCGAUCCCACACAGAACACAAGGGGGAUGCUACAGCUCGGAGCUCUCCAGUCCUGCCCUGCACUGGGGUCAGCAGGAGGAGCAGGACACUAGAGAUGAUGAAGAAGAGGGGUCAGAGGGAGGACACGUCAACAGACAGAAGAGUAGACCCUCCCAAAGCCCCUCUUUACCCCAUGAUGUGUGCAGUCUACCGGGGCAGCAGAGCCACAUGUGGAGCCCAGUGUCAUGUGCAGAGGUGACAGUCACAGACAUCACCAUAAACUCUCACACGGUCACGUUUACAGAGAGUGCAGAGGCACAGGGGUUCUUCAGGGACCGGGGUGUGGCUGCCUGAGUACUGAGAAGACAUGGACAACAAAGUUUACACACAUACAGUACAUAGCAUUAUUCUGUUUAUCAGGUGGUGUCCAGAGACUUCCAGAGCAGCAACACUUUUACAUGCACACUUACGCUUACCUACAAUAUUCUUUUCAUUUUAGUUU